AAGAGAGUGAAAAUUGAUGAAGAAUAUCAAAAUCUAGCCAAAGGAAUAAAUAAGAUUAGAAUACAAUCCCUCUGUUUGAAUGACGUUUUAAAGUUUUCAUCAAAACCAUGUAUUCUUAAUGAAAGAUACCUAUUAUUGCUGUCAGUUUAGUUAAACACUCCAAAUCACAUGUUUUCUAAAUCCAACUCAGUGGUUUAAAUAUCUACAUUUUUAAACUGAUUUCCAAGUAACAAAUCAGGAGUUAUAUUGUCUCAUAUCAGUUAUGAUGACUCUAUCGGAUAUUUAUACCUGUAUAAUCAUAUGUUUGGUUUUCAAUAGUGUUUUAUCAGCUCCUGUUGAAGAGGAUAAAAAAACUGAUGGUGUCAAGGAUCCAGAUGCUGCCCUUAAUGAUCUCGGCUUGGAGUAUGGAAGAUAUUUACAGGAGGUUGUUGCCGCUUUAGAGGAAGACAAAGAAUUCGCUAAGAAAUUGGAAAAUGUUUCAGCUGAACACAUCCAAUCCGGAGCUAUUGCCAAUGAGCUCAAUCUCGUUAGCCAUAAUAUCCGCACCAAGUUAGAUGAAUUGAAGAGAAUCGAAAUUGAAAGACUGAGAAAAUUGACUAAACUAGAACAUGAUAUUAAAGAAUUUGGUUCUUUUUCUAAUGAUGGUAGGCGAUGGAGGACUUUGGGUUCACCUAAUGCUGCUAAAAUGGAUAAGCAUAUGAGUAAAUUCGAACACUUGGACCAUAAAAAUCCACACUCAUUCGAAGUUCAAGACUUACACAAACUUAUCAUUAAGGCUACUCGAGAUUUAGAAGAAUUGGAUAAGAAACGUCGUGAAGAAUUCAAAAAAUAUGAAAUGGAAAAAGAACACCGAUACAGAGAAAGCUUGAAAAAUAUGACAGAGGAACAAAAAACAGAAGCAGUUAAAAAGCACAGUGAAAUGAAUCAGAAACACAAAGAACAUCCGCGAGUUCAUCACCCUGGGAGUAAACAACAAUUAGAGGAAGUUUGGGAAGAGCAGGAUCGUAUGCCUAAAGAAGAGUUUAAUCCUAAAACAUUCUUCUCAUUACACGAUGUUAAUGGAGAUGGUUACCUAGAUCCAGAAGAGGUUGAGGCAUUACUUACUUUGGAAAUAAAGAAAAUGUAUGACCCUAACAAUCCCGAAGAUGAUCCCAAUGAAAUGGAAGAAGAAUACCAUCGAAUGCGAGAACAUGUUUACAAAGAAGCUGAUAAGAAUAAAGAUGGACUCAUCAGCCAAAAAGAAUUCAUUGAAUUAACUCAAAAGACUGAAUUUGAACGUGAUGAAGGUUGGAAAGGAAUUGAUGAACAGCAGAUGUUCAAUGAAGAUGAAUUGCGUCAAUAUGAGGCUCGACGACAAGAACUUCUUGCCCAACAAUACGGUUAUUAUAUGCCCCCCUAUCAGCCGUACGGUAAUCAACAAGGUCCAGGACAAGGUGGCUAUCAUCAACAACCCCCUCAACAGCAUUUUGGUAAUGUACCACCUUAUCAAGUGGCUCAACAGCAAGGUUAUCAAAAACCCAAUGGAUAUCAAGCACCACCUCAAUUCGCAGUUCACCCUGGGCUAUCUCAACAAGCUCAUCCAAACCAACAAUAUAAUCAGAACCAAAAUCAAAAUCUGAACCAGAAUCAGAACCAGAAUCAGAAUAUGCAGCAUCUUCCACCACCACCACCUCCUCCUCAACCACAUUAUCCACAGGUUCCACAACAACAGCAACAAAAUGGACGUCAAUAUCAACAGCCACAAUAUCAAAGCCAGAGUCAAGGUAAUCAACAAAAUCCACAUUUCAAUUCUCAGGGUAAUUUACCUCCUCAAGCUUCGAUGACAAUGAAUCAAGGAGCUCCUCCACGAAUAAAUCAGCAAUCGAAUUUUGGACAACCCUCAAACUCAUUCGGAGCAAACAAUCGCAUCACCCCUGGUCAACAACAAGUAGUCCAGUCAUCUUCCAAUCAAGGAAUCCCACAAGGAAACCAAUCUCCUCCUUUAAUGAAUCAAAAUCCUAAUUCUAAUAUGAAUCAAGGAUCAAUCAACUCAAUCCCUCAACAAAAUUCUGGGUCUUUCAAUUCUCAACCAAACCAUAAAUCCUGAUUUGCUGAUCUAUUCGGACCCUUAGGUUGUUGAAUUCACUCGUCAUGUUUCAAAUUGAAACUUACAUUGUAAUAAAAAAUGAAUACUUAUUUUUUGUUAUAUAUCUGAAAAACUAAAUACAUUUCCAUUAAAUCAUAAUUAUUCCUCGCUGUUUUAAAAUCUUUAAUACAAUUUGCAGGAAGCAAAUGAUUUCACCUCACUGUCUUAAAUUUCUAUCCUUUGCAUGAAUCUCAGGAUAUUCUUAACCUUUUUGAGAUACCUUGAAUUGUUAUCGUAUUUCUUGAGUAAUCAUUAAAUAUUUGUCUCAACUCCAUA